AGAAAGACAUAAAAACGUCCCCUUUCGACACAUCAAAUCUGAGUGAGAGAGAGAGAGAGAGAGAGAGCUCCAAAACUCGACCGAGUGAAAAUGGAGAAAGCAGCAAAUGCCAGUAAAGCUCAUGCUGUUAUCCUUCCAUAUCCUUCUCAAGGGCAUAUAAACCCUAUGCUACAGUUUGCUAAACGUUUGGUCUCUAAAGGAGUCAAGGCCACACUAGCAAAUACUAAAGCCAUUAACAAGUCCAUGCAUUCAGACCCAAGUUGCCUAAUCGAUAUCGAAACAAUAUCUGAUGGCUUUGAUGAAGGUGGCAGUGCGCAGGCAAAGAGCACAGAGGUUUACUUAUCAACUUUAAAAGUUGUGGGUGCAAAAUCAUUAGCAAAUGUAAUCAAGAGAUUUAAGGAUUCUGAUUGUCCUGUUACUGCAAUUAUUUACGAUGGGUUCUUGCCAUGGGCACUUGAUGUAGCUAAGCAGUUCGGAAUUUUAGCUGUGGCGUUUCUUACUCAAGCUUGUGCUGUUAAUAACGCUUACUACCAUGUUCAAAGGGGUCUCCUUCGAGUGCCAGGAUCUAGUCCAACUGUUUCUCUUCCUGGACUGCCUCUGCUUCAAGUUUCGGAGUUACCAUCCUUUAUAUCAGAUUAUGUAUCAUACCCAGGCUUCAGGAAUUUGUUGGUGGACCAAUUCAGAAACAUUGAUGGUGCAGAUUGGGUUCUUUGCAACACGUUCUACAGAUUAGAGGAAGAGGUGGUGGAUUGGAUGGCUAAAAAAUGGAGAUUGAGGACUGUAGGACCUACUCUUCCAUCUAAAUACUUGGAUAAGAGACUUGAAUAUGACAAAGAUUAUGGCAUCAAUCUUUUUAAGCCAGAUUCUGGCACGUGCCUGAAUUGGCUUAAAACUAAGCCUAGCAGGUCAGUUGUGUACGUAUCCUUUGGAAGCGUGGCAGAACUUGGAACGGAGCAAAUGGAAGAGCUUGCUUUGGGAUUGAAAGGAAGUAACUGCUACUUCUUAUGGGUUGUCAGGACAUCAGGAUGGUCCAAGCUGCCUGAAAACUUCAUAGAAGAGACAUAUGGAAAGGGUUUGGCGGUCUCAUGGUGCCCACAGUUGGAGGUUUUAGCAAAUGAGGCAAUAGGGUGCUUUGUUACACAUUGCGGAUUCAAUUCUGUUCUUGAAGCAUUGAGCUUGGGAGUUCCCAUUGUGGCAAUGCCUCAAUGGGCAGACCAACCGACAAAUGCCAAGUAUGUUGAGGAUGUCUGGAAAGUGGGAAUUCGAGCUCGGCCUAAUGAAAAAGGUAUUGUGAGAAGAGAAACGGUGGAGCUUUGUAUUAGAGAAGUAAUGGAGGGACAGAAAGGAAAAGAGAUCAAGGAGAACGCUAACAAAUGGAAGAACUUAGCUAAAGAGGCAAUUGAUGAAAGUGGAACUUCGGACAAGAACAUUGAUGAACUCGUUGCCAAAAUAAGUAGUUCGUAAUCCGUUGUAUCAAAUGAGUUUGCGGAUGCCAUGCUUGCAACAUCAUGUUCAUUGUUUCUAGUGAGAUUUGAGAUUUAUGUAAGAUAUUUCAUAUUUUUAAAUCUCACUCAAGGUAUGUUAUGAUAAAAAUAAUGAAAAAGAAAAAAAAAAGCCUUCUUUUGUAGCUCAUUCAACAUUCAAAAGUACCAAAAUGAAAUAAAUAAUUUGUUUCUUCUCGCA